CUGCAGGCAUGGGUUCAAGAAAUUGCAAGCUUUGUGAAGUCAAUAGACAGCAAACACCUGUUGGAGAUAGGAAUGGAGGGAUUUUAUGGAGACUCAGUGCCUGACAGGAAGCAGUUCAACCCUGGUUAUGAAGUGGGAACUGAUUUCAUUAGCAACCACCUUAUUCAUGAGAUUGACUUCGCCUCCAUCCAUGUAUAUGCUGAUCAAUGGGUUUCCGGGAAAAGUGAGGAUGUUCAGAUGGAAUUUCUAGAGAAGUGGAUAACAAGCCAUUGGCAAGAUGCAAAGACUGUGCUUAAGAAGCCCAUAGUGCUUGCAGAAUUCGGAAAGUCAAGCCGGGACGGAGGAGCGUUCACCGUCGGCGUCCGAGAUUCUUUCAUGGCUACGGUUUACGGCCAGACUUACAACCUCGCCAAGGACGGCGGCGUAAUGGCGGGGACCAUAGUGUGGCAGAUCAUGGCACAAGACAUGGGCGGAUGGGACGACGGGUACUCCAUCGUCCUGCCGGAAAAUCCUUCCACCGCCGCUGUCCUUUCCUCCCAGUCGCACGCCAUGGCGGAGCUAUCCCACUCUCUAACCCACCAAAGGCUGCCCAGGGUGGAUGGCUGGAUUACCAGAAACACUGACCGUUUCGAGCUCAACGGCUCGCCGUUUCUUUUCAACGGUUUCAAUUCGUACUGGCUGAUGCAUGUGGCGAGUGACGCCGAUCAGAGGGACAAAGUCACGGAGGUGCUGAAACAAGCUUCCGCCGCCGGCCUCUCCGUUUGCCGGACUUGGGCCUUCAGUGACGGCAACCAAUACAACGCCUUACAAACCUCUCCCGGCGUUUAUGACGAAUGUGUUUUUCAGGGACUUGAUUUUGUGAUUUCGGAAGCAAGAACAUAUGGGAUUCACUUAAUAUUAAGCUUUGUGAACAAUUGGAAUGACUUUGGAGGCAAAGCACAAUAUGCAAACUGGGCAAGAGAUUCAGGCGUACAAAUCGAUAGCGAAGAUGACUUCUACACUAAUCCUGUUCUCAUAGGCUAUUACAAGAACCAUAUCAAGAAAAUUAUAACGAGAGUGAAUACAGUUACUGGAACAGCGUACAAGGAUGAUCCAAUCAUCAUGGCAUGGGAACUAAUGAAUGAACCUCGUUGCCAGAAAGAUUAUUCUGGAAAAACCCUUAACGGAUGGGUUCAAGAAAUUGCAAGUUACGUGAAAUCAUUGGACAACAAGCACCUAUUGGAGAUAGGAAUGGAAGGGUUUUAUGGAGAUUCAGAGCCUGAUAGGGAGAAAUUCAACCCUGGAUACCAAGUGGGAACUGAUUUCAUUAGUAACCAUCUUGUUCCUGAAAUUGACUUUGCCACCAUCCAUGCAUACACUGAUCAAUGGGUGUCUGGGAAAAGUGACGAUGAACAAAUGGAAUUCAUGGAGAAUUGGAUGAGGAGCCACUGGGAAGAUGCAAAGACUGUAGUGAAGAAGCCAUUGGUGUUGGCCGAAUUCGGCAAGUCUAGCCGAGACGGAGGAUUUAGCAUCGCCGUUCGCGACUCUUUCUUAACGACGGUUUACAAGGACACAUAUGACUUGGCAAAGGCCGGCGGGACGAUGGCGGGGAGUAUGGUGUGGCAGCUAAUGGCACACGACAUGGGUGGGUGGGACGACGGAUAUUCCAUCGUCUUGCCGGAGAAUCCGUCGACCGCCGGCGUGAUUUCCGGCCAGUCGCAAGCCAUGAAGGACUUAGCUGGUGACUUGCCUCACUAUGAAGCCUAGAGGAAGUACGUCGAAGUUCCAUUAAUAAGACAACACCCAAUAAGGCAAUAAAUGU